AGGAGGCCUCCCUUCUUCGCAUUUACAGUUAGGAAUGUCUUUGGUUAUGCAAAUACAUUUAAAAAAAAAUAGACCGAAAGACUAAUUUCAAGUAAUUAGCAACAAUUAAUUUAGAGACAAAGUUGAUGUAAAAAUGCACAAAUUUCCAGAAACAAGGUUAGACUACAUAAGUGAAGAAAAGGAUUUGCAUAGUGCAAAGGCUGGCUUUACUUGAAGUAUCCUUCUAGGCAUUUGUGUAGUGGCUUUUAGGCUUAUAAAUUUAAAAUUGAACUUGAUAUAUAUUAUGGACAUGUAUAGCAUAAAGGGUCACAUUGCCAUCUAUGUCACUGCUGAUGUACAACAGUGGUUGUGUUCUGCAUGUUGAUCUUACCUGUCUUUUCAUCCUACUUGGCUCUUCCUUUAGGUGUUCCUAUUAUGCAGGUAUGGCUCUCUCACAAAGAUGUUCCUUCAGCCAACCUGUCCUCUUAUUCUUCCUCUGCUUCUUUGGCCUCCUGUCCCUCUCUACAUUCUUGUACUUGUCUGAAAAAAUACCAUAUCAGCAGUGGAGGAUCAGCUUCAAGAAUGCACCCAGUUUCCCAGGGAUGGGACCUCCUUCUUGCCUAACGGCCACCACCACUUCUUCUCGGUCAUACUAUAACACCACUUCUUCCAGGUCAUCCUCUAAGACAAUGGAUAGUGGUAUAUGGACAGUGAACUCCAUUGGCCGUUUGGGAAACCAGAUGGGGGAAUAUGCCACCCUCUAUUCCUUAGCCAAGAUGAAUGGACAUCAAGCCUGUAUUUAUCCUGCCAUGCACCAGUACCUCUCACCAAUAUUCCGGAUCACUUUGCCUGUGAUCAAUGCUGAAUUGGACAAAAAGAUCCACUGGAAGGACUUUGGUCUGCAUGACUGGAUGUCAGAGAGUUAUAAACACAUCAAAGGCAAGUACGUCCGGCUGACGGGCUUCCCAUGUUCUUACACCUUUUAUCACCAUAUCCGCCAAGAGAUACUUCAGCAGUUCUCCUUCCAUGACCACAUCAAGGAAGAAGCCAAUCAAUAUCUUCAGAAGCUAAGAGGGCAGCGCCAGGAGGUGACAUAUGUUGGAGUGCAUGUCCGCAGAGGGGAUUAUGUCUAUGAGAUGCCCAAGAUCUGGAAAGCUGUGGUGGCUGACAGAGGCUAUUUGGAGAAAGCCAUGAACUAUUUCAGAGAGAAGUACCCCAAUCCCAUCUUUGUGGUGACCAGCAAUGGGAUGGAGUGGUGCAAGAAAAACAUCAAUGCCUCCAGAGGGGAUGUGUAUUUUUCUGGGGAUGGGCGCGAGUCCUCUCCAGGGAGGGAUUUUGCUCUCCUUGCUCAUUGCAACCACACAAUAAUGACAAUUGGCACUUUUGGCUUCUGGGCUGGCUACCUGGCUGGUGGGGAGACUGUCUACUUGGCCAACUACACCCUCCCAGACUCUCCCUUCCUUAAGUUCUUCAAGCCCUCGGCAGCCUUUUUGCCUGAAUGGAUUGGAAUCCCAGCGGACCUUUCCAAUCUGCUGUCCAGAAGACAGAAACUUGAGGAGACAAUGUAG